AUGGGCAACUGCCAGCAGCCCCAGAAGUCAGGGUCCAUGCUGAGCUCUCAGAUCUCUCCUACAGGCUCUGUAACAACCACUCUUAAACUCUACUGGAGCCAGCAGCACCAUGGGCGUUUUCACCUGCUUGUGGUCUAUUUGCCCGACUUAGGUCACCUGAGCUACAUGCUGGGCCCCAACUGGUUGUUCAACGUCACUGACCUGGUGAUGAAGUUCAUGAAGGUACAAGAGCUGCAAUUCGCUCAGUUUCAGACUGUCAGGACCCGGGUGGGCCCGGAGCCAAGAAUCACUCAGGCUCUCUCGCUUACUCUGAAGGUCCUCUCACCUCUCUCCGACUCCAUCCUGGCUAAGAAGACAGUGAUCGUCCUGGACGACCGUGUCACCAUUGCGGACCUGGGCGUGCAGCUGGUGACUGGCUUGUACCUUGCCCUAUAGCCACAGAGAGCAGACAAAAGGGCCAUUGGGUCUGCAGUGGCUGCCCAGGGUGUUCUCCAAGCUCCAAAGCAGUUUCAUUUUUUUUUUAAUCCUUGCAUUUUGUUUAGUGAUGAUUUGGUGACACCAUUAGACAUCUAUGAUCCCAAGGAUUUUUCAGUUACUGUCUCAUCAUUGGAUGAAAUGGUGGUGUCUGUUCAGAAAGACCUUCAGUCCAGAUGGCCGGUUGUGGUUGCAGAGGGGGAAGGGCAAGGGCCCUUGGUUAAAUUAGAAAUGAUGAUUAGUGAACCUCGUCAGAAGACCGAAAGGAAGAGCAUUCUUGCCGUGGGAAAAGGAAAUGUCAAGGUCAAAUUCGAACCAAUCACGGAUGAGCACCAAGGAGGCGCCAAUGACAUUGAGGGCGCACAUCGGGAACAUAAAGACCACCUCAGUAAUUCCAUAGGGCGGGAAGGAAACCAGAGAGCCAUUCAGGAAUGGCUCCAACGUGGCGCCUCUGUUGGCCAAGAGGAAAAUUCCAACAAAAGCACAACCCCCCACUCUCAUGCGGAAGGAGAGGACACGAAGUUCCUCAAGAGUAGUCGUGGUCCAGAUGCCUCCACCAGUCUCCCAGCUCCGGGGAAGAUACCAGAACCCGAUAAUCCAUGUGACCUCUGGAAUUCUUUCGGACACGAUGACAGUGUGUCUGUGGACAGGGUGCAAAUCACCACUGAUAUGGGCUUGUGCCAGGAGCUGGUGUUCUCAGUCCUGUGGGUGUUAUAA